GACAGCUGACACCGGAAGUGCUGAUGGUGCGAUAAACCGGGUAGUGUGUUGGGCUCAAAGAGGAUGAGAAGAAGGGGACCAAAAACCACCGCUAACACCUCUAAGCUAGCAAACACUGCCUUUACCUGUGAGGUUUCACCAAGAGGACAUCCUGCUCGGCCUGAGCUGACAGCAGUCGGAGGGAGUCUUCUCUUGACUGCUGAACAUUUGCCGCUCAGCUGUCACUGCCAGUCAUCACCCUCGCUGCCUCUUCUCUGUGCUGCAGUGAUAACCAUGGGAUAGCACUGUGUUUCAUGUUCUCAGCUGAGUGUUAAGACUGAGCCCAACAGAGAUGGACGAUGAGCUCGAGAACUUCAUCAGGGAGCGAAAGGCGAGAGUGGCAGAGGACAAAGCCAGCUUAGACCAAGACCCUCCGUACCUGGAAAUAAAGGCUCAUCCUCAGAGAGCGUACGGGUCAACUGUGAAGGAGAACAUACCUCCAAAGUCCACAGCUCAGGGGAGAGAGGAGAACUGCAGCGUGGGUCUGCCCCUCGGUGUGGAGUAUGAGAGGAAAAAACAGAGGCUGCAGCAUGAGCUCCGGAUGGACUACAGACGCUACAUGGCUCAGAAGAGGCACUUUGACCUUGGACAGUCUGGACCAUUGAUGCAUCUUAACAACAGGAGGUCUGUCAAGCAAAACUUGAUCGGAGACCAGAUCGGUCUUCUCCCCAGCCAGCAGCUCCUCCCGAGAAGAGACGCAGCCGCUCUACCUGAAGACGGUAGAGGAUUGCAAAGGGCUUUGCGUCUAGCAGAGGUCCGGCCCCUCUGCGCUAGGGAGGACGACGAGCAGUCUUCAAUCCCUCCCAGGCAUCAUGACAGACUCGGGAAGACGGUAGAUCAAGAGUCAGAGGAGGAUGAGUACUUCCGGGAGAACCUGGAGCUGAUGGGAGGCAGACACACGCGGGUCGAGGACGUUUAUGAGAGGAGGCGAUUUAAAAAGAGUGAUGGCAGGGAGAUGGGGGAGACUCCUGUAGGUGUUGGAAGAGAAGGAUGGAGAUCGAUAGCACUGACCAAAAAGGAGGAUGCAGAGUUUGCCACUGGCCUUAUAAUAGGAUUAGCCGACACAAAAGAUGCCUUACAGAGGAGGAAGGAGCGCUACAGACAGGAGCUGCAGGAGCAGAUCGCAGAGCAGCACAGAAACAAGAAGAGGGAGAAAGACUUGGAGCUCAAAGUUGCAGCGACUGGAGCAAAUGAUCCCGAGAAACAGCCGGACCGAAUCAAACAGUUUGGAGAGGGCAGGAGAAGAGAGCAUCAGGUUCUGGAGCCCUCAGGAACAGGAGAGAACAAGUCCUCGCCUAGAGGUCUAUCUUAUCAUGAGAGGACAUGCAUAAGAGACAGAGAGACCUCUCCUCCUGAGCAGCCCCACGUGGCCUUUCAGUCUCCUCUGCUGGAGUACAGCUCGGCCCUGGGCCUCAGGGCUGGAGGUCUGUCACCCAACAGUCAACCUUCAGCCCCCUCAUUUCACCGAGCCAUGGACACCCCCAGACUCCCUCUGUACCCUCCUCAUCCUCCUUCCACUCUCAGUGAGGCCUUCAGGAGCCCAUAUGGAGAGCCCUAUCACUACUACGGCCCCAGAAACCUGCUGGACCCAAACAUGGCGUACUAUGGUCACCUGCCUGUUCCUAGUACUGGCCUCCCAAUGUCCUACUGGAACCUACCACCAGGGGGAGCUGUGCCAAGCCAGCUUGGGAACCACAGUCCUCGCAGCCAGCACAGUGGGAGCAGCUUCCAGGAGCCUCUGAUACAGCCCAGCAGUGAGGCGUCUGCUGUGGACUCACAAGUCAGGGUUUUCCAUUCAGAAAAAUCCAGACCAACCAGGGACAGAUCUCUGAGCUACAGAGACGCUUUGAAGCAGCAGAUCCAGGAGCAACAGGAGCGGAGGCGUCAGGAGAGAGAGGAGGCAGAGCGAUAUGAAGCCCAGCUGGAGAUGGACAUGAAGAACCACCAGCCCUGGGGUCGAGGGGGCGGAGGAGCCCCGCUCAGAGACAGCACGGGGAAUCUCAUCGCUGACCUCCACCAGAUGCACAAACACAAUGAAGAGGCUUACAGCAACCCGGAGCAGUGGCAGAGGAGAGCCACGGCCACCUCCACCGCCUGCAGAGUAGAGCUCCCUGAUCCUAAUGACAGGGUCUCAGGUUUCACUCACGUCCAAACCCCCCAGUUUGCAAGAGGGAACAUUUUUGCCCACCACCCCACCCAGCAGCAGGUCCAGGAGCAGGACAAGUACAAGGCUUACCUCAAACAGCAGAUCGAUGAUAAAAUGCGUAAAAAGGUGGAGGAGAGAGAACGGACGAGACUGGAGGAGGAGAAAGAGGAGAGGAGGCUGGCUGAGCAGAGGGCUCGCAUUCAGAGGGACUUUGAGGAAGAACAGGAGAGGAAGAAACGGAAGGAAAUGGAGCAAAAGGCCAAGAAUGAAGAACUGAUUCAUCUGGCUGAACAGAGGAAGAAGGAAGCGGAGAGGAAGAAGACUGAGGCAGAAGAGAAAGAGAAUGCAGAGCUGAGGAGGCAGUAUGAGAGAGAGAGGCAGGCUCGCGUGGAGGAGGUCUGCAGAGAGCCCUCGCCCCCAAUCCCAGCUUUGCAGAGGAAACAUGGAGUACACCAGUACACCCCAAGACCCCCUACUGUGGACAGCCUGCAUUCUUCUGCCCCCCUGUCUGAGCGCUCGCUGUCCGGUCUCCAGUCCCCUCCUGUUCCUGCGUGUAGGAACCAGCUGCGAGCUGCUGGGGACCAGCACGGUGUAUUCAGAGAGCUCUCAGCGCUCCGUCGGCAGCUCCGCAGUGAACAGAAACGUCUGGAGGGUUGUCUGCAACACGCAGACUGGGAGGAACUGGACUCUCCUCUGAGUGAUAGACUUCGAGAACGCCCCCCAGUGGAUGUGUUUGAUAUGGCCAGGCUGAGGCUCCAGGUUCCUGUCCGAAGGCCAACCUCCAGGAAUGCAGAGCCCAGAAACCUGCAGCGGAUCCAUGACUCCCUUCAGCUCAACUGCACAGAUGGUGAAUCCAGGCUGGGGUUCAGGGAUGCUCCUAAACUGGGAGGAGUGGUUACGGCCAACAGGAAGAGGCGGGACUACAGGGAUCCUUAUCAGCAGUUAACCAGCCAGAGGUCUACGGUCCAGGACGAUUAUUUGGAUCUGUCCCCACCACGGCAGAAUGAUUAUGUGAGGUCCACAAGAGGUUCUCUGCUGGAGUCCGAGAGUGCUUUCAUCGACCCCCUCGGAGAUGCCUUUCCAGUGCCCCGCACACCAGAGCUCGAAAAGGCUCCUGUGCUGUCAGCACGGGAGAGGAGGAGGGUGGCCAGAGAGUUGCAGCACCCCCAGGAUCGAGCAGCUUCCAGCGAACCCUUCGGACAACAACAUGUUUACAGAGGCAGCAGACUGAGACAGGAAGCUGAGCCCAGCGCUGAGGGGAGAAGUCGGACCAGGACAGGAGGGGGCACCACAGCUGAACCUGCAGACCUGUCUGAUGAUAACUCCUCCCCUCCUCGGUUCUCCCUUCACAAAUUAAACCAUCGAAGCUCUGCAGAACCGGUCGACGUGGAUCCCUGGAUGUGGGCGGGAACAUCGGACACAGAGCGCCUGAUGACAUAGAGACAUAUCUGCUCAGACGGAAGGUGUCUUCUGUCUCUUAAUCAUUAAACAAUGUUUUAUCUUUUUUCUUCUGUGAAUGUGACAUUUCUGAUUAUGAAGAUGUAGUUUCUGUUUACCUGUUGAUGCCAGAACCUCAGAAAGACAAGCCACAGUGAUAUCACUCCGUCCUGAGCAUUUUGUAUUUCAUUAAUUAUUAAAUUAUGUCAUAAAUAAAUUAUAUUUUCAUUAUAAA